GUGGACAUCAGAUUGACUGGAGGCGCACGCAUCAAUCAUACAUAGCUCGGUGGAAUGAUCGGCAUCAACUUAUUGUCGAUCCGCUUUAUCCUCCGAUGGAAGAAGUUGAUUACAUUAAAUGGUAUUGGGGGAUUACCAGACGUUGGAUAAUCACUCAAACUACGCCUCCAGUCGACGAAAUCGAGAUUCGCUCCCAACAAUCCCGAUAUGUACCAAGAGGGGUAGAUGAGCGACGAUGGAUAGAUGCUAUGGAUGACGUCGAGGGGCUUGCAAAUGAGGGCAUAGUUACCGCCACAGGAGAUUCAGUACAUGUAUCGAUAUUGCAUCGGAUAGUGGCGAGAGUUCGUAAAGCUUUUCAACAAACUUAUGAGGAUCGACAUGAUGGUCGUGAGCAGGUGGAUCUUGACGAUACUCUAUAUGUACGCCGACGUAGGCGCGGUAGACCUUGCACGCACGACGAUGAAGCCGGUCCGUCACAGCAAGCCGGUCCGUCACAGCAAGCCGGUCCAUCACAGCCCCACACACAACCGGAGAGCGAGCAUAUUCAAGCUCAAGUCGAAGGAGGACGCCGACGAUCUCAACGAGUGCGAAGAGAGAGACGACGGGGAAGGGGUGGAUUUUUUAUUUGUUAGUUUUUCCACUAAGAUAUAUAUUGUCGUAUGGAUUUAUUGACCUUGGAUUUGUUUAUCUUAAACUACAUAUUAUCGUAUGGGUCGACUUGAGACAUUUGGAUUUGUUUAGCUUAGACUGAUAUAUAUUAUCGUAUGGAUUUGUGAUGUGUAUUUUUGUCGGA